AUGGGGGUGAAGGCUGAGUUUCCCGGCUUGCACUGGCCUGGUAUCGGUCCCAAGGCACAGGCGUACGGAAUGCAGUCUCGUGCUCGGCGUGAUGCGACACGCGAUAUUAUGGACGCUUACAAUGCUGGAGAGGUCGGCGAGAUCUGUCCGCUACUGAAGCACACCGAGCGUGCCGUGCGUGGCUUCCUCGCAUGUGCGAGGCGUGAAGCUGAAGCCGUGUGGGAAGUUGCGGGCGCGAUCCGCCUCGCUGAAAUCUUCGCUGCCUUCCUGGCCUUCGUAGUGCACCACCGUGCUCUGCCAGAUGCCUUCCUGGCUCCCGCCUUCGACCGCGCGCUGGCAAUGGCGCAGACUGGUCCGCGCAAGCUCCGCGAGGCCAAGGCGUGGGAGGCGCGGAUCGACGAGGCGACCGCGCUCAACAUGUCUGGCUUCGCGCUUCUGUGCGGGAACUACUACACGCGCUUGAAGGGCGUCAAGGCUGGAUUGGCCUGGGAGCUGCCUCCCGAGACUGAGCCGGAGGAGAAGACCACGGCCGAUACGACUCCUGAGAUGGAUGAUGGCGGUUGGGGACCUGAUCCUACAGCCGCCUCAAACCUUGAAAGCGUCUUUGCGCCUCUCCCCGUAACCGACGUCAAGCUGUGGAACUGGAUCGCGUUCGACCGUCGCCGCGUGACUGCUGUCUUCCCUCCUGACGCUCCCUCCGAAGGUGCGCCCGCGUUCACAACGCGUUACCACCGUUUCCGCACUGAGCCGGCUCCUUGGAGCGAGGAGGAGGGCUGGAAGGGACGAGCUCCGCACAAGGCGGCCGGCGACAGCACUCUCGACGGCAACGAGCACGUCUCGCCCGGCGGCGCCAAGUUCGAGCAGGAGAAGGACACGUGCCCGAUCCCCGCUGAGCUUGACGUCUGGGUCGACUGCACCGGCAUCGAUGACUUUGACCCGCAGUGCGUUGUCGGCAUGGGCAUUCGUGCGCGCUGGGCGCAGAUUGGCACCGAGGACAAGAAGUGGUGGAUCUUCAAGCUCAAGGAUUACGUGCUGCCCUCGUUUUGGCGCUCGACGCCAGAGGAGCUCGAGAUCCAGGCGCGCGACCCGAAGCCGCCUUACGGUGACAAACUGCCCGCGCACCUGAUCCCGAAGGAGGAUCCGCGCGAGCCCUCCGAGGGGGGCAACAAGUUGAAGGCGAAGAAGAGCGAAGCGGACGACGAGAGCAGGGCCAAGCAGCACAACAAGCCUGAGAACAAGAACGACGAUAAGCCCCUGUCUCCACCUCGCGAUAACGACACCGAUAAGCCUCAGAUGCCCCAGAGUGAUAAGCACGUCACACCCCGCCAGACCGAGAGCACGAGUUUAGCGGAGAAUUCCAGCACCGCGGACAAGGUUGCUGGGAAGAUCUUCCCCGAACUGGCGGUGGACACUCCGCCUGUGCCUCCGCCUGCGCCAAACGUGAUUCCAGCCCAAACCGCCGCCAGGAACGCUCCACCCUCUUCUGACAAGGAAGCGAGGACUGCGGAACCUACGCAGCGUGUCAACGAGCCGGACAUGGACACGAAGCGUGCCAGGCAGAACCUGGCCGAUGCGAGCGAGGCGAGCGAGAGCCGGGCGAGCGUGAACCAGGCCGCAGAGGAACAGGGCCGCCAAGCCGCCCAGCUCAUGGCCGACUUCACCUCCUCUAUCCCUGCCCAGCCCCGCGCCGCACUCUCCGCACCCUCCAUCAAGGCCGUGCUCGUGGGCAAGUCUGACCCGGACUACUUCAGCAGCGCUGUGCGCGCAUUCGAGGCCGUCGACCAAGACGACGACGGGUACGACGCCGUCGCUGCUGCCCUCGAGGAGGAGUUUGACGAGGACGACCUCGUCGCCUACGCCCCGGACGAGGAGUAUGAGAGCGACGAGGAGGACGAGGCGGACAAAGACGCCGCGCACUGGGAGCAUGUUGUGAAGGGGGCGAGGGGCAAGUGA